AUGCCUCCAUCCAAUUGCGCAGCCAUCUCUUCAAGCACGUUGGGUGCUAUCUUUCAUCCUUUUCCUAUUUUCCUCCAAACCAUUCAAAUCGCGUCUCGCAAAAUGCUGGACAGCCGUUCCAAAGUCGGCAUUACCCAGAUCGCCCUCUCAAUCCCCAUCGUCUUUCUGGCCGUAUAUAUCCUGUACCGCAAUGGAGCUCAGAAACCUCGCAUAGCAUGGCUUUUUUUCGUGUUCUUCUCUCAAUUAGGGAGAGAUUUCUACGAUAAACCGAAACUUCAGAUCUUCAUAGCUUUGCCGAGAAUAGCUUCUUUCCCUGCAACUGUUCAUCUCAUUGUUGGUGGGGUAUUGAUCGGAGACUACACAAACACGUCGCUGGGCAAGCAUUUUGUCCAAGCUGCAUACAUCGUACUUGCAGUUACCACCGCGAUUGCUAUUGGCUUGCAAGCAUAUUUAUGGUGGGAGAAGAGAAGACUUACCAGAAACAGUAUUAUUACCCCCAAAGCACUCCCCAGUGCAAUGUCCUUCUUCACUGUUCGCAUUGCGUACGCCUUGAUCUCCGGAUUUGCCGUUGGCCCUGAUAACAAAUGGAAUUUUGAAAGUGGGUCUACUUCACUCUUUGCCUGCAUGGCGUUGCUGCUGGAAUAUCUCAUCCCUGGGAUUUUUGUCUACAUCGGACUCAGAGUUUCGAAUUCCGACAAUGUUUAUGGAGAGGGCGAUGCCCUUCGGAGAUACGAGGAUCUAGAUGCUAAGACACCUUAAUGAAUUUGCAGGGCAGAUUAUGUGGACUAGAGAAUUAUACUUAAUAGAAAGGUAAGCGCUGGCUGGAGGAGGUCUGCGGGAACUUCAAACUCUGACAGGCUGAACGUACUCUGAAAACGAAGGACAAUGAAGGCCACACUUUGAGAAAUGAAGAUGAUCACUGGCUAG